GGCGUUGCGUCACUGGGCCCUACGGCGGCCGAGAAGCGAAGACAUGUGGGCGCGAGUGGUGCGGCUGCGUCUUCACCGCGCGCUGGGCCGGGGCUGCGCUUCCGAAGCGGGUCCACGGGAGGAGGUCGGAUGCGGCCGAGCGGCUGGCGAAGCAGGCGGAUACCUACAGCAGGCCUUGCCGGAGACCCACGCUGCCCAGCUCGCCACGCAAGGAGGCGGGCGCGUCGCGGCCGAUGUGAUAGAGCACCUGGAGCGGCUGGCAUUGGUGGAUUUCGGCAGCCGCGAGGCGGUGGCGCGGCUGGAGAAAGCCAUUGCCUUCGCGGACCGGCUCCGCGCCGUGGACACCGACGGGGUGGAGCCCAUGGAGUCAGUCCUGGAGGACAGAUGUCUCUUCUUAAGAUCCGACAAUGUGGCAGAAGGCAACUGUGCUGAAGAACUACUACAAAAUUCCCAUCAUGUUGUGGAGGAGUAUUUUGUGGCCCCACCAGGUCAUAUUUCUGCCAAAGAUGGUAAGCAAGAUCCCUUCCCCCACAGCUAAGAAGGAGAUACCCUGUCAACAUGGUGGAUAUAGGAGGGUGGCAUUUUGUUACUGUGAACUCUACUGUUCCGACUUUCUUCAGUUACCUAAAAAAAAAAGUAUGUUUAAGAUUUUGUAUUGACUGACUCUUCUGAAGACAGAAUUGGAAAACACCUAGCCAAAGCAAGGCAAUGAGUUCCUGGUGCUAAGAACUAAAAGCACAAGUCUGUGUCCAAGGAAAUGGAUCAAGUAUUCACUUAUAGACCUGUUCAGUAUGGGAAGCAUUGUCCUUUAUCUCCCACUAAAAAAUACUCCUAUCAAAAAUUUAUCUGUCAAUUUACCUGUUUAUAUCUAGUGGAGAGAUCUAAUCACUAGGUGGCAAUUUUUUUUGAGACAGAGUCUCCUUAUACCCCCGAUUGUCGUGGAACUAUGUAGACCAGGCUGGCCUCGAACUCACAAAGAUCUACCUGCCUCUGCCUCUCAAGUGCUGGGAUUAAAGGCAUGCACCACCACACCUGACAUUAAGUGGAAAAUUUUUUAGUUUAGUUGCUGUUUCCCUUAACUUGAGGGAAACAUCUGUACCAACAUAUUUGCAUUUGUUCCUGGGCACCCACUUUAUUCCCACAAGAGGGCUCAUCUGAUGCAAAGGUCCAAGUGUUCAAAGUAAACUACAACCUGGGAGCACCUAACCUAGAAUCUUCUUCCUUCUCAAAAAGUACCACCCCUCCCUUUUAUUUGAGCUAGGGCCUUGUACCCCAGGUUGGCCUUGAACUCUUAGUACUCCCCUGCCACAGCCUCUCAAGUACAGGGACAGGCAGAAGCCACCACACUAAGUUCCUUGUUAAGGCGAUUUAAUUUAUCAGGUCAGUCUUUAAUUUUAAGAACUCUAAAUCUGGGCUGGAGAGAUGGCUCAGCAGUUAAGGGUGCUUGGUGCUCUUCAGAGUUCAGUUCCUAGUUCCCACACCCAGCAGCUCACAACUACCUGUUAACUCCAGCUCCAGGGGAUCUGGAUUGGAAUCUGACACCCUCUUCUAGUUUCCAUGGCAUCCACACACACAAAAUAUAAAUAAAAAUAAACCUUAAAAAACUACCCUUGCUAAAAUUCUCAAACCACCAUGAAAGCAGCUAUCGUUAUUCCCCAAGUCAUCUAUUCCUGCAUCACAAACUGCUACAACUGUAGCAAUGUAUCUGUUAGAUAAAAAUCUAUGAACUUAAUCAAAGACAAUCACACAUGCCAAUUACUAAACGUUUAAAAAUAUAUUUCUAAACAAAUGGGCCGACUCAGUAAUAUAACUGCUAAUCUCCAGAGCACAGCAGCCACAAAAAUGCAGCACUAAUUUUUUUUUUCCCCCAUAAUCAGGGGUGAAAAAUAUACAACUUGUUUCUGAACCAAAGCCACAAUUUCUGCAGUUUAUAACAUUCCACUGCUAAUACAGUGACCCUGG